AUGAAGGGCGAGGCAGGGAGGAGCCCCAAGGGGGAGCCGCCCAUCGAGGUGUAUCUCCAAGUGUACCAAAAGAUAAGCAUCUACUACGAGUGUGCAAUUAACGAAGAGGAGAGAAAAAAUAAAAGAAUGUUGAAGAAAAAUAAAAGUAUUCAAGAAUUGAAACAAAUACAGAAAGAGUUAAUCGAUUUCUUUGAUCAAAAUGUGGAGCUGUUUUCAAACCCCUUUCAUUUCCUACAAUACCAAGAGGAGGAUGUGAACAAAAAUGACCUAAGAAAUUACAUCACGGAUAAUUACUCCUACUUAUUGACCUAUAUGGAAGAUAUAAUAAAGUGUUCUGUGAUGCUUAACCGAAGUGCAAGGUGUGUAUGCUCCAUGUUUAAUGAGGUAUAUCAACGAAUUCAAAAGGAGUGUAUAAAAAGCGAAAUGACAAAAUCGGAAUUUAUUUGUGAAGUUUUUAAGUCCUGUAUUGAAAAGGAAAAUUUAAUCAUUAUGAUAUUUUUUACCAUUUUGAAUUACCUGAACAGAAAUGAGAAAGUCGGAGUGACUACGAAAUAUGGACGGUUCAGGUCGUCCAAGAAUAAUGAGUACUACAGUGAGGAGAGGGAAGAAAAUUUCACAGACAUGGAGGGGAGGAAGCGCCCACAGGGGGGGGCGGACGCAGCAGGCGGGGAUGACGCAGCAGGCGGGGAAGACGUAACAGGCGGGGAAGACGGAACAGACGGAGCAGACGGAACAGACGCAGCAGACGCAGCAGACGGAGCGGACGCCGACGAUGACGACUUAAGGACGUCCAGCGGAGCCACCUCCUCGUCCAACAACUCAAUCAGCAGCCUGCGUAUGCCAAGGAGAGUCUCCAGGGAGUACAACUCCAGCACGAGAAUUAACGGAGAUAGAUUUUCCCUUUACAUUUUGAUCCAACUGAUAGAAAAUGAUCUCGUAGAAAACAUACUCUCCGAAGUGGAAAAAAUUUUAAAAUUUCUAAUAAAAUACGAUGAUAUUUGUAUUAAAAUGGAUUACGUUUUUAGUUACAAAGCUCAUAAAAUCAACGUUCUGUUUAACCUGGUGGAUAUCCUUUUUUUAUAUUUUUCAAAAUUUCAAGCCACGAGCACUCACGUCACGAGUUUAUUUAAGCUCAUUAACCAUGUGGUGUCGGCAAAGUACUUCGAUUUUGUGACUACAGAUCAUUACGUGAAGGAGUUGGACAGCCUUCUCUUUGUUCACGCGAGGAAGAAAAAGAAAAAAUUUUUCAAAUACUUGAGGACUGUUCGUAAUAAUAAAUUCGUUUCCCAAAUGGAGGAGUACUACCGAUUGGAUAUGCCUGUGGAUGCAGUUGGACAGAUAGGCCCAAUGGAGGCGAUCCCUUUUGGCAGUCAGCAAACGGGUGUUACUGCUCACAGUGGGAAUAGUGGGACUGGCCCCAUUUUGGGAAACUUUCUUGGAGGGGCGGAGCAGAGGCCGUUUGGAGGGGCGGAGCAGAGACCUUUUGGGGGGGCGGAGCAGAGGCCGUUUGGAGGGGCGGAGCAGAGACCUUUUGGGGGGGCGGAACAGAGGCCUUUUGGAGGUGCUCCCUUAAGUGGGGGAAUCCCCGCGCAGGGCAACGUCCCGAGCAUCUUAAUAAAUGGCCAGGAGGGGGGCGCACCAGGAGGUGCAGCAGGGAGUGCACCAGGGAGUGCACCAACGGGUACACCAGGAAGUACACAGACAAACGCACAGACAAACGCGCAGGCAAACGCCCCAGCAACCGCGCUGCAGAACUAUGGGAGCGACUUCCCGGGUGUGUUUCCCCCUCCAAAUGCGUCGCGGGACGGAAGGCACAAGCUGUAUGAGCAACAGAGCGACAAGCUGAGGAACAACCACUACCUGAACCGAUGCCUAGACUGCCAGGGAUACUGGUACAACUGCAACUGUAGCUUAAACGACUUCGACAUGUCCAGCCUAACCCUAACGACGCAGAUCAGCCUGCUCCUCAUACUGUGCCUACACCCAAACGUAGAAAAAUAUGUGUACGAGAAAAAAAAAAAUAUCGUUGUAGAGGAGACCUCCCCCAGCAAAGAGGAUGUUACUUACCUACUCGAAAGGAAAAAGGAAAAAAUUAAUUUUGAAAGUUUUUACUAUCCUGACACGUGGAGGUAUAACUGUAUGAGUUCACACAAGGAGUUGAAGCAUCUCAACAGUUUGAAGAAUACCUACUCGGUGAGUUCCUCCUUCAUAAAGCAAAACGUGUCACAUUAUUAUGCCUUUUUUACUAAAAUCAGUGAGGAGGAGAAGAGAAAGAGGAAGAACACAAAGAAUGUUGAGAGGAUGGGUGGGUCAAGACAAACGUCAGCAGAACAACAUUUUCAAGCUGAUGAUUUUUGGAAAUGUGCAAGUACAUCCGAAGUAGGAGAAGUAUCAAUGGAGGUAGAUCCAAAUGUGAUAAUUUUACGAUUUGUUGUGAGUUUAUUCACACACAAUAAGGAAGAAAUUUUUUGGGCCAUCUUCGAAGGGAACUUCUUCAGAGUCAUUUACGACGUGGUGCUUAAAAAGAUAUCAAGUGCUACUCUUGUUGGCACCCUCAUGUUUCAUCUCUUUCACAGUUUGUUCGGAUACUCCUUUAUAAAAAAUUCUCGCACGACGGACCUUUGGAAUGCUUUCAUAGAUUUUCACAUAAAGAAAGACUUUCAAAUUAGGCGGAGGAAGAAGGGGGAGGUAUCUCUCGAAAGGGGAGUACCCCGAGUGGGGGUGGACCACACGUCUCCCCUGGAUCACGCGUCUUCAUUGGGGCAUUCCUCUCCCCUGGAUCACGCUUCUCCCCUGGAUCACGCUUCUCCACUGGGGCAUUCCUCUCCUGUGGAUCUGCUCUCCGGGGAGGGAAACCACUCAGACGAGGCGCUCCUCCUCGUGGACGCGUCCGAUUUUUACAGGCCCCGGAGAGGAAAGGGGACCUCCUUCCGAGAAGAAACAACCUCCCAAUACGGACCAAAUAACAUUAUACACAUAUACAAGCGAAAGGGAGAGUACAUUAUCGACGUGCUGACUUUUUUGAAGGUCCUUUGUAAUAACUACCCCCGAUUGGUAAAAAAAUAUGUUUGCAUUUUGAAGAGCGUAAUUAAUCGAUACCAUUCCCGUAUUAUGGAAUUUUCUCAAAUGGAUGAAGCCGUUUUUCACCACAACGUUGACCAUCAAACGAAUGAGUAUGCCACGAGGAAGGGAAGUAGCGACUUCGCGCAUCUAUACAACGUGAAGGAAAAUAAUUUAGCCAACAUUAAUGAAGAAAGGAGAAUAAUCAUCAUGAGAUAUAAAAAUUUAAAAAUAAUUGCUGAAGAGAAAAUGAGAAUCUGCUUGGAUUUUUAUUCCGACGUUUUUGUAAACGUCCUAGAUUUUGCAUCCGUUUUAUGUAACAACCUUUACGAUCUCAAAGUGAUCGAACAUGUGGUUCUUUGUUUCAAGACUCCACUAACGGCAAAUCUGAAUAUAUUCAAUCUGACGAAGAAGCUAUAUAGUCAGUUUGUCUCUACUCUCCAUGGCAAGUAUAACGAAUUUUCAAAAAUUUCAAAUCAGCAGCAUAUCUAUGAAAGGACAAAAAAUAAUGACAGGAGUAACAAUAUCCUUCAUUUUUUGGAUGACAGAAAUUUUAUGAAUGGGAGUAAAUUUAUUGAGAAGGAUUCCUACAGGAGUGUCUUAAACGGGAGGAUUUUUUCAACUCCAUCUGUGGAUGGCUCAAGCGGAGGUGGAGGGGUGGCAGGCUCUACUGCGUUUCGACCUACAGGAUUAUCUACACAUGGUGGAGGAGGCCACCUCGUAGGAGGGAAUGGUGAUAACAACAACAGCUGCUAUGUCACCUACCUGCACUACUUCAAAAUUCUGCUUAUUGAAAAAUUGUUUGAGCAGAACAACGCUUUGAAGGCCAUUUUGAAGAACCACCAAAUAAUGGAGUAUCUACAGAACAACAACGUUUACCUGAAUAACCUCAUAAAGGAGAAUGCAUUCGUGGAGAGACACUUGGUGGAACGUGGCGUGUUCAAGUAUGACCGUGCCAAGUACGAGGGGUUCUGCAAGAGGCUGUCUCUGCAGAGGGACCAGCACGCGGGGUGCGUGCGCGAGGCCAGCCGGCUGCUGCAGGAUAUCGAGCUGGGUACGGAGAAGCUGCGUCCCUUCGCGGGCUGCAAGUUGGUGCAGAGCGGGGCGCCGGUCGCGCCGGUCGCGCCGGCCACUCCAGCUGCCUCGAACGCGGCCAACGCGGUUGGCGCGGUUAACGCGGCUGCUUCCACAGCUAACGCCUCCACCACCGCUAGCGCCACUGCCAGCGGCGCCAACGCGGACACCCCCCUGCUGGUGAAGAUCCUCGAGCAAGAGAACUGUAUCGACUACCUGCUGGAGGAAAAUAAGCUGACGGAAAAUCUACUGCGAGAAAAUAAUUUCCUCAAAUGUGAGUUUAACAAGCAGAACAUAGUGGACGUACUGUUCCGAAACAAAUUGGACGAGGCGCAGCUGGAAGGGCUGAAGACAGUCACACAGAACGAGUACGACGUGAAGCAGAUCUUAGAGUACGAGGAGAAAAUAAAAAGCAUCAGUAAGAAUAAUGAUGGGUCGUAUAACAACAAGGAGGCAAUCAAAAUAUUUUUCGAGGAAAACAAAAACGCGAUAGAUUUCUUUCUAGAUACUAAACCUAAAGUGUCUAUGUUUAAGGACGAUGAUUUGACCUCCACUAAUGAAAAUAUUAUGAAUCGAGCGAAAGUGAUUCUCAAAAAUGAAUUGCAGAGUGAGAGAAAAGGAAGCAAUAUCGAUGCAAGGUACCUUUUAGCAAACAUUUUUGAGCAGAAUGUGUAUCCAUAUAACUGCUUGAAGAUGUUGGAGAAGUGCCUCCUGUUCCUCUCCUCUGUGAACAAUAACAAGCUCUGCUACUACCUGCCGAUUAAUAAAAAUCUCUUAAUUGACUACAUCCUGCUGGAGCAGUACGAGGGGGGAGCCACCGGAGUAGGAACCAGCGGUGGAGGUGUUGGCGGCGUAGGAACUAGCGGAGGAACCAGCGGAGGAGGCAUUGGCGGCGGACCCAACUCCAUGAGCGUGGAAAGCCUCAAAGCGGAGCUGAAGAAAAGCACACAGUACCACCUCGAACACGACAACAAUCUAUUUAAAAAAAAAAACCGAAAGUACAAUAAUUUAAUUUCCCUUGUCGACACAGAAAAUAUGAUCAACACAACAAAUUUUAAAAAUAUAUUUAUUCACAAUUUGAAUCCAAAAAAUAAAACAAAUGAAGCAAAGGACAAGAAUAUCAAACACUACAGAACCAUGCACCUAUUGGAUAUAUUGUACGAUAUUAUUACAACCAAGUAUAACUCCCAAAUUGAUAUCAUCGAUUUGAAAUGCCUUUCUUUAGAAAUCCUUUGCUCCAGCUUUGUGAAAAACUCGUCAUCUGCUUUAUCCGUUCUGUGCACCCUUACGGAUGUCUUCCCUGAUCUGUUGUUCGAAGCUACCAAGAGAUAUAAUGAACAGAAUGACCGAGUGAAGAAACACUUCGAAAAAAUGGAUAGAUUAGUCUCUUUGGGACAUCUUAAAAGUAACACUUUGGAUAUCCUAGCCAGUAAUUUCACUACCCCCUACUUUAAUCUCAAAAUUAUUAUCACCUUUAUGAAAUGUGUAAAUUUUUUACUCUACAUGAUUGGUAUUAAAAGAAAAUUUAAUCUAUCCCUGACUCGAAUUUGGCACUUCUUCAAUAAUAUAGAUAAGAUUGAUGAGAUAGACCGGAAGAUACGACGCAGGCAGGAGGAGCAGCACCAGGGAGGAGGAGCAGCAGGGGCAGGGGCAGCGGCAGGAGGAGCAGCAGCAGCAGGAGGAGGAGCAGGAGGAAGAGGCGGGGGGCAGGACCACCGGAGGAAGGGCUACUACUCGGACCACCAGGGGGAUGCCUACCGCGGCGGGAGGAAAACGCACAAAGGAAAGAACUACAUCUUUUUCGAUAUUUUUUUCAACUUUGACCGAUUUUUUGACGAGCUCUACACGGAGGAUGAGGAGGAGGAAGAGGAGCCUGAAGAAAAUCAGGGGGACUGUCCUGGCAGAGAGGACGGGGAUCGCUACGACCAACAAGCUGUCCAAGGCGGCGGAGCAGCGAAGCGGAAGAAGAAGCACUCCAGUAAUGUAGCUCUUGGUCUUGGAGGUGGAACGCAAAGCGGUGGACACCAAAACGGCGGAAGCAACAACGCAGUAGGAGCAGCUGGAGCAGCGGGAUGGAGCCUGGGUGGGCGGAAUCAAAAUACAGACCCACAGCAUGACGAUAAUGACGACGUGUAUGAAAAUUGCUUGAAAAAAAAACUAAUGAUUGGGGACUAUGAAAAAAACGUGUGCAAGCAUUUAAUCCUACUCACCAACUACGUAGUCCAAAACGUAUUCUACAAUCUCGUAAACAAUUUUGUGUUAAAAAAAAUUAGGGAUAAGAAAUACGAAAAUGAAGAUCAGCUAGAGGAGAAUAUAAAGUGGGACUUCUUUAUGAACCGACAAGAAAACUCGCUCUUUAGAAGGAGAUACAACUACUACAUGCAGAAGUCAAAAAAUAUCGAAGCUCAAAUUAUCAAAUUGCAGAACGAAAUUCAUGUCAACACGACGAGCAUUUUGCAGAUGGAACAGUUACUAAAGCAGAAUGCUAUUCCUUUUGAGCCAUAUGUUCUUGCGCAGAGAAUGCUGAACAAGUCCUUUGCCGAAGUGGGGACAGCGACAACUGCGCUUGGGGCGGCAACCCCUGCGGCGAGCUUCUCAUCAUUCAUGUCCGGCGGGACGCUUAACAAAGGAGCGGCAGUGGGCACCACGGGUGGUCUAUUUAACACCCCAACGAGCGCCCUAGUAACGAACAGCAGCACGAACAAACCAGCAGGCGGAUCUUCCCUCUUCGGAUCCAACAUGACCUCAUCCACAAGCUUGUUCGGCCCGUCGAGUAGCACAAAUAGCGGCGCAUUUGGGUUCAAUCAAAGCGGGGCUGCGUCCAACAGCGCCUUGCUCAGCAACACGAACAAGCUUUUUAGCAGCCAAGCGGGGGGCACAUCAAACCCGAUGCUUCCACAAGGAGGAGCCUCCUCAGGAGUAGGUGGAUUAGGCCAGGCAGGUCAAUUAGGCGGAGUAGGAAGAAGUCUCUUCGGAGGCACGCAGCAGAGCGGAGGCAACCUCCUCGGGGGCGGCAUCUCGUCGAAUCAGCAAUUUUUGCAGAACAGCGGAGGCUCUCAAUUUACAAAUGCAGCAUCUAGUGGCGUCAACAAGCCCAGCUUGUUCACCCCAGUUAGCCAAAACAGCGCCUUCCCGAGCACCUCCCUCGCGAGCACGUCCCUCGCGAGCACAUCCCUACUCUCGGGCACCAACAGCAACACAUCCAACUCGUUGUUCAGUACGAAUAGGACAGGUACCAAUGCAUCGUCGAGUAGCUUUCUUAGCGGCAGUGCAAACACGAACAGCUUGUCUAAUCCGAUGACGCAAAAUAACGCAGCGAGCAGCUUCGCAAAUGCUGUACCACCAGGAAGGGAUCAAAGUCAGAGUUCUAAUUUUUUUAUGCCUUCACAGAGCACAGGCUUGUUUUCACAAGGGGCGGGUACUUCCUUGAGUAGCAACCCCAUGCAGAACCAGAUGAGUAACCAAGGAAUGCAAUCAAACUCGGGAUUUUCCUUUAUGAACAAGUCUCCCGCUUUAGGUAGUGCCGUCCCAGGAACAGCCACGUCCUCCCCCUUUACGAGUAUGUUGGGAGGAGGGACCACCCCCUUGUCCAGCAUGGGCAUGGGAAGCGGCAUGGGCAUGGGCAGCGGCAUGGGCAGCAGUCUAAGUGGAGGCACGUUAUUCGGGGGGGGCCUAUCCGGCAUAAAUAACUCACUGGGACAGAACAACGCAGGGAAUUUCGGCACCACCAUCGGAACGAACAACAGUCUGAACCUUUUUUCAGGACAAACGAAUUCGUCUCUGCUGUCCGGCCAUCAGGGUGCUCUCCAAGGGACGGGCCUCUUUGGAAGUGCCAACUCGUUUGGGAUAACCUCUCAGCUAGGAGGACUAGCCGGAUCGGUCCAGAACGUGGAACAGCUUAAAAGCCUUUACGAAAAAUUGAAACUGAAGACCAACACACUCUACGCAGAGGUAUACAAGUACCGAUACGAGUUGAAAAAAAACGAAUAUAAUUUGCUCAAGGAAAAAAAGAUCCAAGUAAUUAAAGAAAAUAAAAUGAGAGAGACUAAGAGUAAGGCAGACAUAAACUUCAAGGAUAAAGAAAUGUAUGUCCUGAUAGUGUUAGUGUUUAUGUAUUUUAAGUUAAUUUUGAAGGGACCAUUACCCGUGAGUGAUAACAACAGAAGCAUGAACAGAGUGAUGAAUGAGAGGUUUGAUUUUUCUUGCGACUUCAGACCGACGAUGUAUCUAUUUGAUCAGAUUUUAGGAGAAUCGAACAAAUUCAUGAGUAUAUUCCUGAAUGUAAUUUUCCUUGAUAACAUAAUGCAUGAGGAGAAUCGGGCUCUACAGGAGAUGAUUCUCAAAUGCAAGAACUAUGUGGACUACAUCAGUGUGUGUGGCCAGCGGAGGAGCCUCUUCCUCAGGAGGGGCGGGGCAAGCAACAUUAGCGCGGCUUCUGGCGGGGCAAGCAACAUUAGCGCGGCUUCUGGCGGGGCAAGCAACAUUAGCGCGGCUUCUGGCGGGGCAAGCGACCAUAACCAGGCUGCUAAUGGGGGAAGCGACCUUAGCGCGGCUACCGGUGCGAAGAGCGACGUGUUCAGCUCAGCCACGUGCCAAGUCUACUACGAGAAGAAGAUGCAGUACCUCACGUGUUCCUACUCGAAGGGAUUCUACACCUCCCUGUUCCUUUGCAGAAUGAAGGCCCUAGGGUUAGACAUCCUAAAAAUUCUCUUCGAGCGAGACGUGCUGUUCAUCCAUAUGUAUACCCUCUGGAAAAAUGAAAAAAUGCUACACAAAAAAAUUGACAAAUUCCAUUUAGACAUCAACCUGGUGGAAGCGAAUGGUAUGAAGACUGAGGGUACGACCUCCGCGAGCACAGGGGGAAGGGUAGCCAAUAGGGCACCUUCAGGAGCAAGUGCAGGAGGAAUGGGAGGUAUAGGAGGAAUGGGAGGAACUGUCGGAGGAGCCGGCGGAACGGCCGCCGCCCAAGCUGAUGGAGACGGAGGAGAAACCCAUACAGGAAAAGACAUCAGCAUGACCGAAUCGUUGUGCACCCCAAUGUGCGUCCACAAUUUCUUGUUCAAAAAUAUUAACGUAAAUUCCAGGACGACCUACCUUGUACUUCUGUUGAAAAAUUUCCUGAGAACAAAAGAAAUGGAUAAAAUAAUCAUAUAUCUCAUUCUGCAGAUUUUUAUCCGAGAUUGUAGAACCACAAUUAAUAUCCUCAAAAGAGACAAAGAAUCCUUUAAUUUUCUGAAAUACGCUUUGCGUACCAUUUUUACAUUUCACCUGAACAGGCAGAAGUUCAUUAACUGUUAUGUCAUUUCGAAUAGGACGAUUAAGAUGGAAAAAAUUGUACAUAAUUUUGUGGACCUUCCUCUGUUGUACUUGCUAAGACGGUCUCCUAGCCGUAGGGGAGGCGGGGGAAGUGGAGCCCCUUUUGUGAAUGCCAAACUGAAAAGGAGACUCGCUACCCAGGGAGGGGGAGGGAUGAUGCGCAGUAAGGAAGUGCUGAACACUACUAACUGGUUAAGUUACUUGAAAAAUCAGAAGGAGAGAAAUGGCGGAGCUGUGGAAGAUGAGGAGAGUGACCCUCGUGAUGAAUGUGCAGAAGGUCAUCUACCUGGUGGGGGAGGGGCACCCCGAGGGGCGAAGUUUCGCUCAGGAAGGAAAAGACCAACGGCCAUGGGCAUGGCUGCAGAGCACCCAGUUAAUAGAGCAGGAAUGCAGAAGAACUCCCAUAGGAGGGGGGGAGGAGCAGAUGCCUAUAUGGAUUACAAUGAUGAAGGAGGAGCAAACCGUGAUGAACAGGAUGAGCAGGAUGAGCGGGGCUAUGCUGAUGAGAGCAACUCGUAUGGAGACACGGAUCAGUAUGACGAUGCUGAAGGUGAAUACGAUGAGGGGAGUUACUCAUCAGAUGGGGGAAGUUACUCAUCAGAUGGGGGAAGCUACUCUCCAUAUGCCGGUGGAAGCCACUCUCCGUAUGGCGGUGGAAGGCACGCUCAGGAGGAUGGCCUCUCCUACGACGACAGCGAUGAAGACGUGGAUGGGGACGACUUGGUGAAGAAGGACCUACUCUACCUGAGCGAUAAUGUCUACGCAGGGGGCAAAAGCAGAGGAAGGGAAUUAAAAAGGUCAUACAAACCCGAGAGACGACGCCUCUCCUCCAGAAGGAGAAUGAGACAACCCCAAAUGGAUGACGAAUUAUUAACCACCUAUCGACGUCUAAAGUUGAAGAAAAAAAAACAGAUGAAGUACAUGUAUGAUUACCUCUCGGAUAACGAUAUAAUAGAUACCAUAAAGAGUAAAAAAAUUUGCGUUUUUUAUGACAAUAAAGAAAAGGAAGAGGAUAAGGACAACCUCAGUUUGUAUAACAUAAAUUGCGAAGAAAGUAAAGACUACUACUGUAGGGAAGACUACUAUAGGGAAAUAAAAUCGCUUGACUCUAAGGUGGUGGGAUAUUGCAGCUCGUACAAUUUUCUCCCUAUUAACAAUUUCUACACGGAGAAGUACGACUUUUUGGAGACCGAGCUCGUGCACGUGAGCGAUCUCAGACUCUACCUCUAUGUCAAGUCGUUUAAGCGCCACGCGUACUUUAAGAGGCUGCUCAGGAUAGAGAACGCAGUCGGCGCGGGAAGCGGUGGGAGCGAUGGAAGCGGUGGAGGAGGAGGAGAAGGAAGACAGGACGCGCCGACUGGCUCACCGAUUGGCCCACCGACUGGCUCACAGAUUGGCUCCCCACCUACCGCGAGCAAAGCAAACCCCAACGCGCAGGAACAAAAGGGAGGGAAAAUCCCAGUGGGGGUGGGAAGCGGCGUGCAAGGUGGUCGCGGUGGUCACGGCGUGCAAGGCGAUCAUGGCGGUCACGGCGGUCACGGCGGUCAUGGCGGCCUUGUGGCCCCCCCCAACGCGCAGGAAGAAGCCCAGGCACUCGCCAACCAACGCAACAGCUACGACCAAACGGAUGAGGCAAAAGAUAUAGAAAGGACGAUCGAGAGGGAGUUAAAAUUUUACGAUUUUUUCAACCGACUUAACAAAUUAAACGAAAAUAUGUUGUUUCCUAGCCAUUUUCAAGACAGCAGAGACGAACACAUGAAGUACGUUGAUCACAUAAAAAAAUCGAUUAGUGGUGAAAGGGAUAUUUAUGGCAAGGCAUACCAAGAUAGCAGCUUGCUUGUUCCGAUAAAGGAGCUGCUGAAAGAGAAGAAGGAGGAGGCAGCCAAAACGCUCAGCACAGAGAUGACGAGGAAACAAAUUUUAUUGAAUAACGAACUGUGUGAAUGGAUAGAACUCAGUCACCUUGUUAAUGUCGACAUUGACUACAACGACAUAAGAAGACUCAACAAAAAUCGGGUCCUCAACAAUUACAGUAAAAUUUCCAUAACGAAACUUAUUCUUUAUUUUUAUGAAGUGCUUACAAGAAAAUUUCUUUUCCUGAACAACUCAGACUCACUGAUUGAGAAUUGCGUUCUGUCUCUCCUCGGUUUGUCUUUCAUUCCAGCUAAGCACAGUGACAAGAAGAAUGUACUCACUACCGUCGAUGAGGGCAUGGAGAUGGAACAGCAGUGCUUCCUCAGCACCAUGAUCGACAGUGUCAUCGUGGACUUUUCCUCCUUCGAGAGUGUGAGGGAGUUGGUGCACGUGGAUUACCGCCCCAGGGAGGAGCAGCAGCAGGUGGAAGGGGUGGAGCAGGUGGAAGGGAUGGAAGGGAUGGAAGAGGAGGAAGAGGAGGAGGAGAUGGAAGAAGAAGAAAUGGUGAGCAGUUAUGCUGACUCGCGCCUCCCCAAAGUGAAGCGCGCGGAUACGUCCCUCAGGGAGGCCUCCAAAAAACGAACCAAACCCACCACCACCAAAGAAAGAAAAAGCGACUACUACAAAAAAAAUAUCCACCUGAACAGCCUGAACAACUGGAGACAAUACAACAUAUUCGAGAAGAACUCCUACCUGACCAAAAGUCUUAACAUAAUAUACAUGAUUGUAAAAAAUAAAAAAAUAAAAGAUUACAUAAUUUUUCUGAUAACUACCAUGUGGGUAAAUAAAUUUAAUGUGUUUUAUUAUCUGACCCAAAAUGUAGAUAUACAUAAAUUAAAGGACACAGAAAAAAUAAUUUUUUUUAGAAUUUCAUUCCAUAUGUUAAAUUUGUUUGUUCCCAUCAUUGACCAUAUAUUGAAUAAUAUUGACAAGUACGUGGAGCAGUUCAUGGAUAUGGAUUUCUCUCUUGGGGGUGAAGAAGAUGGAGAGGAAAGAAACGACGACAAGGGUGGAUUGGUUCCAGGUGAAGCGCAGUACAGGAAAAAGGAACAGAAAAAAAAAGAACAACAGGGACGAGAAGGUCAGCGGGGACAAAGAAAUGUGAACCCAUUUGACUCCAUCGUUAAUGAAAAUAAUUUCAGUGAAAAGAAGACCCUCUUCGAGUUCCUGAACCCUAUCUUCAAUUGUGAAAAUGCGAAUAAUUUUGUGAGUCACUACCUACACAUGAUCAAAAAUUAUAACAAUAGCUAUUUGAAGCACUACAUUUAUCACUACUAUUUGUUUAAUUACGAUUUUCACUUUCAGAGUGUGUUCAAUUUUUCCAAUGUUGAAUUUUUGCACUAUGUGAAGAGUGACACUGGUGCGCAGUCGGAGGGGGUGCACCUCUCCCUGGAGAGGAACGUCCAUGUGUUGUAUACCAGCAUCAUCAACACGUAUGUUAAUUUUUGCGGCGUUGGCGGUGUUGGCGGUGUUGGCGGUGUUGGCGCCGGGGGGGUGGCCGCGUCUCUCAUGCGGAAGUACGACGACCCCCUGUCGCAGGCUGACGUUUUGGUCGAGCUGGGCCCAGACGGAGUGCCCUCCCCAAGUGGCCAUGACGAGAACGAACAUGUGGAAGAUGCCCAAAGGAACAACCAUCUGAACGGUUCAGGCAAAAAUUUCAACUUUGAGCAUUUGAAUGAGAUUAUAGGGAAUAAGACCUACCUGCGGAGGUUCCUGAACAGGUACUACCUGAACAGAUACCACCUGAACCGGAGUUGCCUGCAGGGAGGUGGUGACCAGGUCACCCGCAGGAGGAGGUCCUCCAAGGGGCCCGCAGGACGCACAGAUAAGCGGGGGAGAAGCCGUAGACAUAGGGGCAGACGCAGCGGAGCGGAUGGAGCACGCUCGAAGCAGAGGUACCUGGAAAAAAGCGUAUACAUUUUUAACAGCCUGAAUUACCUAAACAUUAACUAUAAGAACUGGCUACUAGUGUACAAGACGUACAUUGAAAAGGUGACCUACCUAGUGGACCUCAUCCUGAAGAUCAAGAACAACAGAGUGAACAAGAAAAUUUAUUCCCUAAAAAAUUACCUGUACAUAAUUAACAACAUACAAAAACACCUGAGGGGAAUCACAUGCAUUAUCAAGUCGUCCCAUUACAUUAACUUCAAUAUUCAGAUCACGCCGAUUAUGUUUAUUGUGUAUCUUUUUAUCACCAUUUUUUUUUUCUCGCACAAUAAUUGUUUUGCGUUUAGCUACCUGGCACGUACCAACCGGGGACUUAAGAAUCUGCUCAAGGGUAGGAAGAAGGAGGCGGCUUUCUCCCUGUGCGGUGAGAACGGCGAGUCGGACGAUCAAGCGGAUGGGAAGGCGGACAGAAAAGGGGAUAGCAAAGCGGAUAGCAAAGCGGAAAGCCAAACGGAUGACCGAACCACCGGGGCGAAGGGCCCCCACCCGCAGACAGAAAAAAACCCGCAACGGGAUGAGGCAUACAAAAUUGAGCACUUAAAAUAUCAUAAAAAAUUAAAAAUGUCGAAUUUUUUCUCCAAAAAAAUUCUGAACAGAGAGUUUGAAGACAACGUGUUGAGGCUUCCCAAAAGUGGUGGCGACGUAGAGUACGAUGGGGGGACAGUGGCAUCUGCCUAUUCCAACACAAGGAAUGCGCUCUUCAGGAUGAGAGGAGAUAAUCACAUGGGAGGAGCAUACAUCCCGGUCGCUAGCAGAAAGAAGUACAAUGGAGAGGCAGCAACCUUCCCAGGAGAAGACGAAGCAGAGCUCCUCCAACACGGUGGGGGAAAAAAAAAAAUAUAUUACGAUGUGCAUAGCGAGUAUGCAAAGCUGAUCCUAAAAAGUAACGAAUUUUUCGAUGACCUCCUAGAGCUGUUCAUUUUGUUAAUUACAAAGAAACACCCCAUUUUAAAUAAAUAUACCAUUAUCUACAUAUACGAAUGCUUGUACACAUUGCUGAAUAUUUAUCAUUACAAUUACAUGCACAGUGGAGAAGAAAAUAACAGCAUUGGUCAGACAAAAAAUAUGUUCCUCUCUCUGAUGAAGCGAAUCGACCAUGAUGUACUGAACGAUUUUAUUUGCAACCUUUUUAUGGAUUCCUACAAGAGAUUUAUUACCAACAAGAAUUUUAUCAUUCCUGUUUAUUUUUACAGUAAUGUAUACAAAUUUAUUGAUUACAACACGGAGGUGUUUCUCUACACAAAUGGGGGAGGAGCCUCAUCUGGGCAGCGCACCUUCGGGAGUGAAGAGGUAACUACGUUAGGCGGCACUGCCUGGAUGGAUGGUGACCUGUUUGAGGAGGAGAGCUACCCGGGGGGGAGAAACCUGGUGAGCUUCCACUUUAAGGACCACCUGAAAAACAAAGUCCACCUGAAUAAUCGAAGCCUGAACAUAUAUGAGGAAGCCUUCUGUUGCAACUUUUUCUACAAUCGGAAUGACCUAAAUGUAUUAAGUAUCAACUUGCUGAUCUUUCUUCUGAACAAAAUCGGAAUACACGAAAUUGACAUUAAGAUAGACGAGCAGAAUAUAAAGAAACUCAUUAAGGGCAACCUAUUUCUGAUUCAUAAUGGGAAGGAGCAGAACCAGAGCCACAGCCACAGCCACAGCCACAGCCACAACCACAGCCACAGCCACAACCACAGCCACAGCCACAGCCACAACCACAACCACAACCACAACCAUAAUCAUGACAAAAUUCUGCACACGUGCUUUUUACUCAGCUCCCUUUGUGACACCACCUACGUGAACGAGUUUGUACAAAAAGCAGACCUCUUCAAUUUGUUCCUAAGUAGCAACAUCUUUGAUCAUCUAUAUGAAUAUAAAUUUAAUUACCUCUCCUCAAGUAUCCCCUUUUUGACAUUUCCCACCAAUUUUUUGGACAACAAAAAUAUUUACCUCCCUCUUCCCUCUCUCAUCAUUUCAUACGUAACUGUUAUUUUAAAAAUUGUUGACAAAAAGGGUCUUCAUUUAUUCAGAUGGAUUGGAAAUUGGAUUAUAAAAAAUAUUCACAUUUUUGUCAACCAUUUGAUUGUAAACAAUUAUUUGAUGAAAUCUAAGGAGAUCACUCACGAGGUGAAUAACUUCACGACGUAUAACCACGAGCUUGUGUAUAAGUGCCUGUGCUACGCCUCCACGUGCAACUUUUCCAAGCAGGGGGGCGGGUCCUCACACAGCGUAGCAGCAGGGGAAAGAAGCGAUGGGCGGGGUGGAAGCGGUGGACGCGGCGGAAGCGAUGGAAAGGGACGAAGUGACAACCGCGAAAAUGGCAACCUGCGUGACAACCGCGAAAAUGGUGACCGCCUCACCGAGGGGGGGGAGGACGCAGCCGGGACGUGGACCCACCCGGGCCAACGCCACGCGCAGCGAGACUGGCUGGGAGGAGACCCCCAUAAGGAGAAGGACAGAGCCAACUCGGAGGAAUUCAAAUUUAUUAAUCACGCCAACAUGGGGGCAGUCAAUUUGGAUAUAAUCUACGCCAGCACGUACUACCUGCUCAGACUGUACAAGAACUACCUCCUGUACAUACAUCAGAAUUACCUGACUUUGAAGAAGCUGAAAAUAAUGAGGACGAAGCGGGGGGGAAAGGGACUUGGUAGCAGAAGUGUCGAUGCGAAGAAGAAGCGAAGUGGCAACGGGAUGAUGAUGAUGGGACAGGGGUUCAUCGAAUCGGAUGAUGACGAGGGGGUUGGUCACGAAGGGGAUAUUAUGGAGGACGCUUCAGGGGAGAGCAGCGACGAUGGUGCGAGUGAAAAUGACAGCGCAGGGGAGGACGAGGGGAAGAACCACCCCCCUGGACGAAUAAACCGAAGGGGAAGAAAACCUGCAGGGGAUGCCCCCCAAGGAGGGGACUACUACGAUAGGCACUAUGACUACUACCACGACAGGGAGCAACAGCGCGAUGAGCAGAGGAGGAGAAGCACCAGUGGAAGAAGUGGAAGAAUUGGAACAAGUGGAAGAAGUGGAAGAAGUGGAAGAAGUGGAAGAAGUGGAAGAGGGAUGGACGCCCCGCCAGGCCAGAACUACAGCCCCAGCGUUGGUGACCCGUUUAUCGAAAAUAAGGUUCACAGUAUGGGAAUGGCGUAUCCUUCUUCCCCUGUGGAGCAGUACACACAUCAUGCACCGAAUGAGGAAGGAGGACUACGCAACAGUGAAGUUCACAGCGAAGGGAACAGCGAUGGAGAAGGGGAUGAAAGCCUCCCACUAAAUGCAUCACUAGAUACGUUAGGCGCAUCACUGGAUACGCUAGACUCCUCGCUAAAAUUCGAAUACAACGAAAUUUCUCUCAACAUUUGCAACCUAAUCAAGGAACACAAUUACAUCCUCCAUUAUAUUAAAGACCUCUUAAGUAUCCUCUCCAUUUUUGUGGUAUACGAUAUCAGCAUGAUUGAUGAAAAUGAGUUACUGAAUAAAAAUCUGAACAAAAGUAUGCUCGAAAAGAGAAGAAAAAAUAUAAGAACUCAUCGUAUUUUACAAAAUAUCAUCCCAAAAUAUUCCAUCAAAUUUCAUUGUAUCAAUCUUUGUCUUGACAUCAUCGAAUAUGAUAUCGGAUUGUAUGAUGAGUAUGUCCAGGAAUCCAAAACAAAAUAUUGUGAAUAUAUAAAAAUGGUUAUAAAGGUUUUUAUGAACACUUGUUUUUAUUUUAUCAAUUUGAUCAAAUUUGAAAAUUUUUUUAUGUUGAAGAGUGUAUCCUUGGCGAUGAAGAAGCUCACAAAUAUUAUUUACUUUUUAUUAAAUAAUUUGACAUCGAAGGAGAGGUCUUCUCCUGAGCAGAAUUUUAUGCUUAAUUGGUUGAUCUAUGACAGGGCUGCAGGUGGAGCAGCGUACGAUGCGCAGGGAGGAGCUGGAGGGGUCAACGAGCAGAGGAGCCACCCCUACCAGCCGCACUCGCCAUACCACUCCUACCAGCCGAACGAGCACGAAAUCAACACGGAGCUGUUUAACGCGGAGUACAACCUCUUUGGGGAGAAGAAGGCCGCCACAGGAGGAGGAAUGGCCACUUCCACCUCCGCUGCCACAGAGAACGUCAAGAAAUUUUUCGAAAACAUAGAAAUUGACAUUCACGUCAUGAAGAAGAUACUUACCUGUGUGAUUUACUUCACGUACGCCAUGCUGAACAAUCAAAAGGUGAACCAAAUUAACAUCGAGAGCAUCAACCUCAAGCAUAUUAAUCGCAUCGAUUUGAAGAAGCUUGCCAACUCCUACCUGGAGAAGAAUAACAUCCUCAACGUUUUCACCUUCAUCCUGCAGCGCUCCACGCAGAUCUACUACCUCAUCUACAACUACGCGGCGGCGGGGGGGAAGCGGUAA